UUUUCUGCACAUGCCUUUCCUGUAUAUGUCACCGCUCGCACGGCAAGCUCGUUGCCUUAAAACGAGUUGUUCAGCCGGCCUUACGUCAGUCUUUUGUUUGUUAACUUGGCGUUGCUUGCCAGUACAGACGGGUUAUUAAAACUGCCACUUAUGUUCUAGGCAGGGCACGCCCCAUGUGCUAGGCAGAACACGCCCUACUGCAACAUGAUUGGAUCCUACAUCGUGCUAAAAUCACGAGAUGACCGUUCCAAAUUUCUAUGACAUUUGUACAAAAUAAAAAUAAUAAAGUUUGUUAUGGUUUGGUUUAGGGCUAUGUUGGUCUUAUCUUGGGCUACGAUGUGUUAGGGUUAGUGUGUUAGGGUUAGUGGGAUUAAUAAAAAAUAAUAGUUUGUUAUUGUUUGGUUUCGGGCUACGUUGGUCUUAUCUUGGGCUACGAUGGGUUCGUGGGAUUCAUAUAAACGCCCUACUGUUUACUGAAACAUCUUGUGUUUCAGCAAACAGUAGGGGGUGUCCUAUCGGCAAACAGCAGCCAAUCAUAUUGCAUGGACGACUGUCCUGCAGCCAAUGAUAUUGGAGCAAGGCGUGCCCUGCCUCGUGCACGAGUGGAAUUCCUAAUCGCUUACAAACCGCCUCUCUGUCUGGUCUACCUCCCGCUUUACCGCGUAUAGCCUUCCAUUUUAAUUGUGUGCGAUAGUGUGAUAAAACAGAGUGGAGUCAGUAUGUCGGCUAACGGGCCCGCUGGAGUUGACUGCACGGACGCGAGAAGAGGCGACGGGCAACGUUCCGAUAGUUCCAUGGACGUGGAUGCCCGGCAGGCUCAGUCACACAGCUACAGAUACAGCCUCCAGUUCCCCUCCAUAGGACAGUGUAUCAUCAUCAACAACAAGAACUUUGACAGGAGUACAGGCAUGAAUCAACGCAAUGGCACCGACGUUGAUGCGGCAAACGCCAUGAAAGUGUUCGCCAAGUUGGGUUACAAGUGCAAAGUUUACAAUGACCAGACAGUGGUGCAGUUGAAACAGGUUCUAACUGCAGUGUCCAAGGAGGAUCACGGUGGCUGUGCGUCGUUGGUGUGCGUGUUGCUGAGUCACGGCGACGAAGGCGUCUUCUUCGGCACCGAUGGCGCCAUCGAGCUCAAACGCCUCACCUCGCUUUUCCGCGGGGAUCGCUGCAAAACUUUGGUGGGCAAGCCCAAACUCUUCUUCAUACAGGCGUGCAGAGGCACCGAGCUGGACGCCGGCAUCGAAACAGACAGCGUCGACGAUGGCGCCACCAGGAUCCCCGUCGAGGCGGACUUCCUCUACGCCUACUCUACUGCGCCAGGUUACUACUCAUGGAGGAACACCAUGACGGGCUCGUGGUUCGUCCAAUCGCUGUGCGAGAUGCUGAUGGCACACGGCCACUCGCUGGAGCUGCAGCACAUCCUGACCCGCGUCAACCACAAGGUAGCGCUGGAGUUCGAGUCUGUGUCUACCGUGCCGGGCUUCGACGCCAAGAAGCAGAUCCCGUGCAUCGUGUCCAUGCUGACCAAGGAGAUGUACUUUGUACCCUGACCUACCAGAACUUCCUUUUCAAUUAUUUUCAGUUUACAGGCAUUUCUACAGGCAUUGUUGUUAAUAUUGCAUUUCUAUUGGCAUUAUUAUUAUUAUUUAUAUUUGUGUUAAGCAUUUUGUGGUAAAUGCUCACUUCGUUGGCAAGUUUGUGGUAUGUUUUGCUGUUUACACAAUUCAGGGAAGAAUGAAGCCACUCGUGUACACCCAUAGACACAGGCUGGGACAAAAGUAGGUAUAAACUGUAAAAAAAAAAAAAAAAAAAAAAAAAAAAUCAUUUGUGAUUCGAUUUACACAGCAUCCUUCUUUCCUGAUUUCCUACCUUUCUUCCUUCGCUUCCUACUUUCCUUCUAGCUGUCCUUCCUUCCUUUCUUGCAUAGCUUCCUUGUGGCGUUUUUCCUUCCUUCCUUUCUUCCUUCCGUCCUUCAAUUCAUCUGUCCCUUCAUUCCUACUUUCCUUACUAUCUUCCAUCCUUCCUCCCUUCCUUCCAUCCAUCCUUCCUCCCUCCCGUCCUUGUAUAGCACCCUCUACUUUCCUAGCUUCCAUUCUUUCUUCAAAUCUUCUCUCCUUCUUUCUUUCUUUCCUUCCUUCAAUCGCUCUUCCUCCUUACCUUCCUACCUUUUCAUUUUCCCUCUUCCCAUCCUUUCUUCCUUGCAUAACAUCCUUCCAUCCUCCUUUACUGGCUUCCAUUCUUCGUUCAAGUCUCCCUUUCCGUCUGUUCCUUUUCGCUGUACCUUUCUUAUCCUUCCUUAUUUGCUUCAUUCCUUACUUCCUCCUUUUUCCUUGCUUGCUAUCCAUGCGUCCUUCAAUUCAUGCCUCCCUCCUUUUCCCACCUUCAUUCUUCCAACCUCGCUUCCUCAUUCCUCCCCACCAUCCAUCCUCCCCUCCUUCCUUCGUUCCAUCCUUCCUGCCUUGCACAUCCUGGUUUCCUGCCUUCCAUCCUUCCUUCAAUUCUCCCUCCCUCUGUUCUGUCGUUCUUUCCUUCUUACAUCCUUCCUUUCAUACCAUCGUUGGUACCUUCCUUCCUAUCCUCUUUUCUUCCUUCAACCCUUCCUUUCAUAUAUCCUUGUUUCUGUAUACAUUGCUUUCUCCCUCUCUUCCUAAAAUAAGUUUCAAUUUAAAAAGACUCUUCCUACUUUUGUCCCAGUGUGUGUAUUUGACCCACCGCAGCAUUUGAUAUGCAAUUCUAAAAACAAAACUGAAAAGCCUCAAACAUAUUUAACCCACAGAAUGCUGGUACACUGGGAAAAAGUCCUUUAAAUUGUCUUAAUAGGAACAUCUACAUCAGUUGCACACGUUUCAAAUGUGUUAAACUGACAUACAUUGUUUGAUUAUUUUCAAGGAAAAGAUGGGAAUAUCACAUAGGUUUACCACAUUUUAAUCAUGUCCAACUGAAACUGAAGUACAUUUUUUCCAGUGCAAUACAUAAUGAUGAUAAACAUUUGUGUGUAUGGGUUUUCCUUUUUUUUUUUUUUUUUUUAGUAUGGUCUUUGAGGGACUAAAAAAAAACUGAAAUGGUCACCGAUAGGAAAAUGGCUGCCCACUCCUCAGCUAAUGAUGCCAACAUUUUCAUAAAGUGUCUUUAGAAAAAAAAAAGAAACGACUGAUAGUAAGCCAAUCCAAGGUGUCAUUUAUAUUCUCAUGCACAAUCAGCUUUGUUGUGACUUUGUCUAAACAAAUCCUACAUGAAUAAUCUUUUCACAAAAGGUCCUUCAAUUUUUUUCAUGCAAAUAUUUCAAUUGAAUUUUUUCAUUAUUUUUGGUAUUUGAUGUCAUUAAAUAUUGACUGACAAUUUGUGAUACAAUUGGAAACUUUGUUUUACGCUGAUGUGGUUCAAAAUAAAAGUACUUCAGAAAAACUGUCUCACCAUUCAUAUAGGUGAGCACUGGAUGGUGUUGGGGCUGUAUGUAUAAAUGACAAUCGAUAAUUAUACUAUUGGUGUGUAUGUGUACGUGUGUUAUAUUUG